CGGUCGACAGUCAAAAAAAGCAGCUCUGCAAAAUGGCGUUGAUGUAUAGAGGAUGUUUGUUUUUAUGAAAUUUUUUCGAGAGUAAAUGUUAAAUAUAAGUGCCAGUAUAAUACAUGUGGAUGCAUUUGAACUUAAACAUAUAGGUUGCUCUUUUUGGUGAUAACAUGUCUAAUGAAGAGGUAGUUAGUACUGUUUUAGAAGGUAUAGCUAAAGUAAAAGACUACAUUGAUUAUAUUGAUAAAGAAAUAUGUUUAAAGAAAUCAUCUGAUGAGGAAACAAAGGAAGUCAUAAACAAAUUAUUUAUUCUUUCAAAAGCAGUUAAGGACAAAUUUGAUGAUUAUUACAACAAUAAACAAAAGCAGAGUGAAGAAUCCCAGACUGAUAAAUCAGUGCCUAACAAUGUUCCAAAUGGAUUAGACUCGAGUGUUUGCUUGGAUAAUGAUAGAACUAUUGCAGAAGAUAAUAUCCAUGCAGACAAUGCAGAUGACCAAAAUGCAUCUAAUGGAAUUUCCACCAAUGAUAUACCAGAACCCAUGGAUAGUCCAGAAGAUGAAACUACAACUUCAGAAGAACCAAUCACUAAAAGAAAUGACAAAAAUAAAAAGAACCCACUAGAAAGUGAGGCUGAGAAAAAUGAUAAACUAAUUGAUAGUUCUCCAAAGGAAACACCGGUAGAAGAAACAACUGUGGGAAAAAAUAACAAAAAUAUAGAAGAUCCUCUGACAACUCAAGAGCAAACAGCAGUAGAACAAACAUCUGUGGAAAAAAAUAACAAAAAUAAAGAUGAUCCUCUGACAACUCAAGAGGAAACAUCAGUAGAAGAGACAACUGUGGAAAAAGAUAAAAAAAAUAAAGAAGAUUCUCCCACAACUCAAGAGGAAAUAGCAGUAGAAAAGACAACUGCAACAAAAGGUAACAAAAGUAAAGAAGAGAAGACAACUCAAGAGAAAUCAGUAGUAGAAGAGACAACUGUGGAAGAAGAUUCUUUGGCAAGUGAUGGUGCUGAGAAGGGCAGUAGAACUGAAAAAGAUGAUAAGUCCAAAAAUGAGGAUGUUAAAAUUAAGAAAGAACCUCCAAAAAUUCGAUUAGUAGAUUUAAAUAAACUGAUUGAUCCCAAUAUACGAAGAAAAGUGCAGUUUGAUAGUUCUAUUAUAGUCCUAAGCAGUUCCGAUGAAGAAAAUAGUGUUCCACAACUUACAAAUACCAAAAACACUAAAACUAAUUCUAAAAAACCAAGUGAAGAUGUUGAUAAUAAAUCAAAAGCUGACAAAAAUUCUACUAAACGUAAAGAUAAGAACAGCGCAGUUUCUGUAAAUUUGGACAAAGAAGCAGAAAUUAAAAUAUCAGAUUCUGAAUCAGACAGUUGUAGUAGAAAAUCAAAAAGACUAAAGUCAGUGGAAAAAAACAAACUUCUAGUGAAAGAAAGUCUUAGGGUUAAAUUCAAGAGACCAUCAAAACCAAUGAACAAAAAAUCUGCAGCCGAUAAGUCAGAUGGUUCUUCUAGUGAUUCUGACCAUGAAAAAUCAAAAACAUCUAAAAGAACCAAUGUACAACUGAGAUCCAGACCUAAUGAUGUGAAGCUGAACAGCAAAGUGUAUGUUCCAUUACCUUUAUAUGAGUGUCACAAGAUGAAGGAGGUCUUUAACAGAAACAAAGAGAGUUUUGCAGUAUUAAGUUUUGAAAAGUUAAGGUUGCUUAGAAAAUCAAAGCGAGGCCGCAAAUCCCCUGGCGAUUCUUCUAGCGACACUGAGAAAUCCAGAAAGAAAAAAUCGAAAACCACUGUAAAAUCGGACGAUUCCGAUGAUGAAGGCGAAUCUUCAAAAACGACCAGAAGUAAAAAAUCAACCAAAGACCUGAAUGCUGAGUUAAAUGAUGAUAACUCGGGUAGUAAGAAAUGUGGGAAAAAGGAUAACGAUUCUGAUGAAGAACAUCAGUCAAAUAAGGACAUAAAAACUGGAAAAACCACUACCACUGACAAAGAUGUGGAAUCUGGCGAAGAUAAAUCUUCGAAAAAAAGUGUUAAAAUAAGGGAAGACGAUAGCGAUUCCAGUACUCAAACGUCGAAAAAGAAGAAGAGUAAAAAUACAGUAAAAAGUGGCAAAGAGUCCGAGGAGGAAAUAGAUACAAAGAAAAAUAAGAAUAAUUCGAAAAACCAACCGGAAGGAGGUAAAAACCAAAAAGUAAGAGAUGCAGAAGAUGCGGAGGAAUCUAAAAAGAAAACGAAAGCGAAAAAAGGAUCAACCAAUAAUUCAGAUGAGGAAUCUGUCGAUGGAGAUAAGAAAUCCCAAAAAGAUGCAGACUCAGAUUCACCUUCAGGCAGUUCUAAAAAUGGCGACAAGAAGAAAAAAAAUAAAAACCCAGAUUCAUCUGAAGAAUCAGAAGAUGAGGAUAAAGUCAAAGAAAAAAACAACAAAUCAGACAAGACCGAUAGUGAAGACGAUAAGUCGAAGAAGCAUAUAAUAUCUAGUGAUGAGUCCGACGCUGAUAUCAGUGUAAAGAAAGUAACAAAUAAAUCCUCUGAUAGCGAACAAUCGGAUGAAGAUAAAAUGAAAAAGAAAACGAUAACGUUGGAUAGUUCUGAUUCUGACGACGAUUUUACUGCAAAGAAGAAAGAAAAGGCCAAAAAGGAAUCAAGCAAAAAGAAGAAAGUGAAAAUCGUCCUUUCUGAUUCAGACGAUUCGGAUACCGAGAAAAAGGCAAAGCGCCAGGUCAGCAGUUCUGAAGACUCUGAUAACUCAGAUAAUAGUAAAAAGAGUAACAAAUCUUCAGACGAGGAAACCACAACGAAAUUGGCCGCUAGAAAACGAAUCAUGAACGCCAAAAACAGCAGCAGUGACAGCGAUGAAGAAGUAUCUACGAGGAGGAAUAUUCGCAAGGUUUUAAACAAGGCUUCGUUAUCGGCAACGACGAAACAGGCCGAAGCAGAGGAGAAAGAAAGAAAAGCUCGUAUAGCCGAAAAACAGAAAAAGUACAACCGCAUAUUCGAAGAGAAAAAAGAUGCUACGAUUGAGCAAGUUGUCCUGGAUUACGACGAGAAAACUAAGGAGCCCGUACUGGAAGUCCACAAAAAGAUCGUGAAAAACUUGAAACCUCAUCAAGUUUCCGGUAUUCAGUUCAUGUACGAUGCUUGUUUCGAAUCGCUGGAAAGAAUUAAGAACUCCGCUGGAUCGGGUUGUAUAUUGGCCCAUUGUAUGGGUUUGGGAAAAACCUUGCAGGUCGUAUCAUUGACACAUACACUUCUGAACCACAGCAAAAAGACGAAGGUAGAAAAAGUUCUGGUGGUAUGCCCCAUCAAUACCGUCCUAAACUGGAAGUCGGAAUACAAAAAGUGGAUGCCUAGUAAUUCGGCAGUCGAAGUGUACGAACUGGCGACGUCGAAAAAGAACUACGAAAGACAGUACGUCGUACAAAAUUGGCAUGAAGACGGAGGUGUUCUAAUUAUCGGAUACAAUCUUUUUAGACUCUUGAGUAAUCCUACCAAUAAAAAACUGACCAAGAAGAUGAGGACGACGUUUUUAGAAGGACUCGUGGAUCCAGGUCCCGAUCUGGUGAUCUGCGACGAGGGUCACUUACUCAAAAACGAAAAAACUAACUUGAGCAUCGCCAUGAACAGAAUCAAAACCUUGAAGAGGAUAGUUCUGACCGGUACUCCGUUGCAGAACAACUUAAAGGAGUAUUGGUGUAUGGUGCAAUUCAUUAAACCGAAUUUAUUGGGUUCGUAUAAGGAGUAUAUGAAUCGGUUCGUCAAUCCAAUCACCAACGGCCAGUAUACUGAUUCCACCCAACAUGACAUUCAACUUAUGAGGAAAAGAUCUCACGUGCUGCACAAACUCCUUGAUGGCGUCGUCCAACGUAGAGAUUAUUCCGUUUUAGAACCAUAUUUACCACCAAAAUACGAAUACGUCCUCUUCUUGAAACUGUCCGAUGUCCAGAUCAAAAUAUACAAGUGUUACAUGGAAAAAUACGCGCGCAAAAACGAAGGUUCGUCCCGAACGUCGUUCUUGUUCAACGAUUUUCAACAAUUGCAGAGGAUAUGCACACAUCCGAGGGUUCUCUUAGAUAAAUCGAUAGAGAGAAAAGAGAAAAGCGAUGAUGAAGAUUCUGAAGGUUCGUUAAGAGACUUCAUUGACGACGACGAAGAUUCCAUUGCGAAAAGUACUUCAUCUAGUUCCGAAUCCGGUAGCGAGAGCGACGGAUCCGGAAGCGGAAAUCAAAAGAAGAAAUCCACCAGGACGAGAGUCACUAGAGCUAGAGCAGCACAAAAGAAAGAAAAUGGUGAAGAAGACAGCGAACCAGAAGUGAUAGAAGAAAACAAAGAGUGGUUCCAAGAGUUUUGUGACGGAGAGGAAUUAGACAAUAUUAAAAAUAGCGGUAAACUGACGCUGCUUUUCGAAAUUCUUAAAGAGUGCGAGGAAAUCGGUGAUAAAGUGUUAGUGUUUUCUCAAUCGUUGUACGCGUUAAACUGUAUAGAAUAUUUCCUCGCCAAAGUCGACGAAGCUACUCAACAAAACCAGACGGAAAAAGUUGGAGGAUAUAAAGGUAGCUGGUCCUUAGGAUUAGACUAUUUUAGGUUAGACGGAUCUUCCAGUUGUGAUAAUAGGGCGUACUGGUGCGAUUCGUUCAACAAUCCCGAAAACACCAGAGCUCGUCUCUUUCUCAUCUCCACCAAAGCUGGCGGGCUGGGUAUCAACUUAGUGUCGGCUAAUCGUGUGAUAAUAUUCGACGUUUCAUGGAAUCCAUCGCACGAUCUGCAAAGUAUAUAUAGAGUGUAUAGAUUUGGACAGAUUAAACCCUCCUACAUUUAUCGUUUUGUAACGUACGGCGCCAUGGAAAUGAAGAUCUACGAAAGGCAAGUGACAAAGCAAGCCAUUUCGAAGAGAGUCAUCGACGAACAACAAAUCGACAGGCAUUACAACCAGAACGAUUUACAAGAAUUGUACAAAGGUGAUUUGGAACCAACCGAUAGACCACUACCUAUGGUACCAAAGGAUGUCUUACUGGGUGAGAUGCUACAGAAAUACGAAGACGUCAUCUUCAAGUAUCACUUGCAUCAAUCGCUUCUCGAGAACAAAGAGGCCGAAGGUCUUAAUGAGGAAGAGAGAAAAGCCGCUUGGGAGGAAUUCGAAAACGAGAAAGUACUCAGAAAAACCACAGCUUCGAGCUACCUUGGACAAGGUGUGGCGGGUGUCGUCGGUAUCCAAGGAAUGAGUGCACAAGCUAUCAAUUCGGCGCUGAUGAACAUCGUCCGAAGGGACAACCCCACAUGGUCGGAGCACCAGAUUAAAGGUAUCAUUCCUGCACUUGUCAAGCAGCUACAAGUUCAAAUCGAAGAACAGGAUAUGUCGAUGUACCAGCGCGUAGUUCAAGAAAUCAACCUGAUGCAACAAGCUAAAUUGAAAGAAUCUAUGUACCAACAACAAAUGAUGAAGCUGUAUCAGCAGCAGUAUCUUUACCAGAAGCAACAGCAAGCAGUAUUAGGAAAUAUGAAGCUUAACCCUCAACAACUCCAAAGUCUCUACGCCGCACCGCUAAAUCCAAUGAAUCAGAUGAACUACUUUGCUGGCAACAAUCAAUACCUAAACAUACCCAGCACCUCUUCGAACCAAAGGAGGCGUCCACAAGAUGUUAUAGAAUUGAAUGACUGACACAUGGAGUAGUUUAAAUGUGAUAUAAAUUAGAUGGAUUUUUCUAAAGGUUUCUUACUGAACUUAUGAUCUGCAUCUUAAAAAAAGCGUCUUUUUACUAGCGAAAAAAUUGAACACACUUAACAGUAAACUUUGCUUGAAUUAUAUUUUUAAUUAGAAACCAAUAUUUUAUCUAUUAAGACAUGCAAAAAUAUUUCAAAAUUGCCAAAGUAGCGUCAUUAAGAAACAUGGUAACUUGUAAACUUGGUUCCACUAAGCCCAAAUUUUGACAGAUGACGCUCAUCUGUCAAAAUUUCUCAUCUGUGGCGCCAUCUAUAUAUUAAGUUCGGGACUUAUCGAGUAAUUUUGUACAUACUUUCCGAAUUUGUAAUAGUUUAAUCACUACUACAUUGUUCUAUAUAAUAAUCAUAAUUUUUAAUGAAUAAUUGUGUAAAUUUUUGUAAACAGUACUUUUUCUAUUUUUAUUUUUCGAAAAAAGUGGAAUUAAUAACUUACGUUUGUAAUUUGAAAUUAACACACAAAAAGAAUAUUCAAAUUCAAAUUGAACAGUUUUCAAUGUCAAAUAAUGAUUGAAGUAAAAGUAAUACAGCGCAAAGUGAGGCUAAAACCGUACAAUUAUUUAUUAAAAUAUGUACAAUUGUCAAUUUAAUUUAAAUAAGUUCAAUUUAAUAAUAGUGAUAUGGGUUAGAAAUAUCGCUUUAAUUAAAUUAAUGAAGUCAAUUUAAUUAAUAAUCAACUUUAAUUUAAUUGUAUAUUUUUUAUCGGCAGAAAAAAAAAAUUAAGAACUGUUGGCAUGUGUAAGCAAAAAUAACUUUUUAGAAAUAUUUUUAGAAAAAUUCAUCUAUUUUAUCUGUAUAUAAAAUAGUUAUUAACGUAAACUUCCGUUUUUUGUACGAUUUGAUCUGGUUUAUUUUAUUAGCUUUUACUUUUAU